AUCAGGAAAAUUAGCACACAGAGCUUAAAACGAUGUCGCAGUUCUGGAAACCAGGAACCGAGAAGCCGCGCCUCCUUGAGGACGAGGACGGCGGCGUUGUUUUCUUGUCAUCUUCCUUCUCUUCAUCUUCGUCUGGUUACGGGUAUGCGAGCAUUGAGAAGCAAAGACAGAGGCUUCCAGUUUACAAGUAUAGAACUGCUAUUCUUUACUUAGUGGAAGCUCACGCUACUACCAUUGUUGUUGGUGAGACUGGCAGUGGUAAAACCACUCAAAUCCCACAGUUUCUAAAAGAAGCUGGUUGGGCUGAUGGUGGGCGUGUUAUAGCUUGCACGCAACCAAGGCGACUAGCUGUGCAGGCAGUUGCUUCUAGGGUGGCUGAGGAGAUGGGGGUCAAACUUGGAGAAGAAGUCGGUUACACUAUUCGGUUUGAAGAUAUCUCUAAUUCGGAUCUUACUAGGAUAAAGUUUCUCACAGAUGGAGUUUUACUUAGAGAAAUGAUGGAUGAUCCUCUUUUGACUAAGUACAGUGUCAUUAUGGUGGAUGAGGCGCAUGAAAGAUCCAUUUCAACAGACAUUUUACUUGGCCUUCUGAAAAAGAUUCAAAAACGUCGACCUGAGCUGCGUUUGGUUAUUUCUUCUGCUACAAUCGAAGCGAAGUCAAUGUCUAAUUUCUUCCUGUCUAGUAAAAGGCGCCAAGCAUUAGAAGGUGAGGAGCUUAGACCUAGCUUGGAGCCUGCAAUCCUAUCCGUUGAGGGCAGAGGGUUUAAUGUGCAAAUUCAUUAUGUGGAAGACCCUGUAAAAGAUUAUGUUCUGGCUGUUGUUUCAACAGUGCUAUUGAUCCAUGACAAGGAACCACCAGGUGAUAUUUUAGUAUUUCUUACUGGUCAAGAUGAUAUUGAUGCUGCUAUUAAGUUGCUCACUGAAGAAGCUCGAGGGAAUGGGAAAACUUCCUCAGGGUUGACUAUUCUGCCUCUGUACUCGGGACUUACGCGUGCAGAACAGGAUUUGGUGUUUUCUCCAACUCCUAAAGGAAAGAGAAAAGUAGUGAUAUCAACAAAUAUAGCAGAGACAUCAUUGACUUUAGAGGGUAUUGUCUAUGUUAUCGACAGUGGCUUCUCAAAACAACGAUUCUACAAUCCGAUCACAGAUAUAGAAAACCUUGUAGUGGCACCCAUAUCCAAGGCAUCUGCUAAACAAAGGGCUGGUAGGGCCGGUAGAAUUAGACCUGGGAAGUGUUACAGACUCUAUACGGAAGAGUAUUAUCUCAAUGAAAUGUCUGUUCAAGGAAUUCCAGAAAUCCAAAGGUCAAAUUCCGUUUCCUGUGUGAUUCAGCUAAAAGCAUUAGGCAUUGAUAACAUUCUGGGCUUUGAUUGGCCAGCAUCUCCAUCUCCUGAAUCAAUGAUCCGAGCACUUGAAGUACUUUAUUCACUUGGUGUCCUUGACGAUGAUGCCAAACUUACUUCACCUGUUGGUUUCCAAGUUGCAGAGAUUCCACUGGAACCAAUGGUUGCAAAAAUGAUAAUAUCUUCAAAUGAGCUUGGGUGUUCAUAUGAAAUUAUUACCAUCGCUGCUGUUCUCUCUAUCCAGUCGAUCUGGUUUCUAGUCGGGGAGCAAAAAAGGAAUUGGAUGAAGCCAAGUUGA